GUCUUUGCGAGGAUACUUUGGGGCGAUCUGUUCAGGGACAACUUUUAGUCACCUGCUAGUGUCUGUCGUAGCAUUUUUGUUUGCAGCGUACAUUAUUUGAAAAAAUUACGGUAAACCUUGUUUUAAUUUAUGAUUAUUCAUCUUCAGCUGCAUCUGAACGUCGGAUUCGGUUGAUUGGUUAAAGCUAACCAACAUUUUAUUAGAUCGUAGAAACCAGACACAAUGUCAGCAGACAAUUCACCGGUGAAAAAUUUGUUAACGCCACGUAUCGUGGCUGCCGAAUCCAUCAAGCAAGGAAACUAUUCCAUCUUGAAUAAAUUCGCCCAUUGUGAAAACCCAAAGACCAAAAAUUUUGAAAAGGCACUUGGCCAUGGAAAAGUGAAUGAAGGGGAGGUUGAGUUCGCAACACCCAAGUUCUAUGCUUUGUGCGGCCUCGGUGGAAUUUUGAGUUGUGGUAUCACACAUACUGCCAUCGUACCGCUUGAUCUGGUUAAAUGCCGCAUACAGGUGAAUCCUGCAAAAUAUCAGGGGAUCAUGUCCGGAUUUUCUGUUACCGUCAAGGAGGAGGGUAUGCUUGGCUUGACCAAGGGAUGGGCGCCGACAUUAAUCGGCUACUCCGCCCAGGGCAUGUUCAAGUUUGGACUCUACGAAGUUUUCAAAGUCUACUACCACGAUCUGAUUGGAGAUGAAGCCGCGUAUCUCUACCGAACUUGGCUGUACCUCGCCGCAUCGGCUUCAGCUGAAUUUUUCGCUGAUAUCGCCCUUGCUCCUAUGGAAGCUGUGAAAGUUCGUAUUCAGACGCAGCCUGGAUGGUCGUCAACGCUGAGAGAUGGCUUUCCACGCAUCCUAAGAGAGGAAGGCAUCAGCGGAUUUUAUAAGGGAUUGGUGCCCUUGUGGAUGCGUCAGAUCCCUUACACUAUGAUGAAAUUUGCCUGCUUUGAGCGAACUGUGGAAUUGCUCUACAAAUAUGUCGUGCCCAAGCCCCGAGCGCAGUGCAGCAAGGGCGAGCAGCUGUUGGUCACUUUCGCUGCUGGAUAUAUCGCGGGUGUGUUCUGUGCGAUUGUUUCCCAUCCUGCCGAUACCGUCGUAUCUAAGUUGAACCAGCAAAAGGGAAGCACAGCCGUGGAAGUUGCAAAGAGCCUAGGAUUUGCCGGAAUGUGGAAGGGACUUACCCCCCGUAUUAUUAUGAUUGGUACUUUGACUGCCCUUCAGUGGUUCAUUUAUGAUGCUGUGAAAGUUUACUUCCGUCUCCCACGGCCUCCGCCACCAGAGGCACCAGAAUCACUCAAACUGAAGUGGGCAGCCCAAGGCAAAGUUGUAAACUGACCGUGAAAACUAAGCGAGUAGAUUGGUUUAUGUGUGAAGCACUUUAAUUUAAUUUAAAUGAUUGAAAGCAGAAUGCAGUGUGUUCGUUGUUUUUGCAUUACCUAUAGUUAGUGGCUGUUUGGGUAAUUGUUUUUAGGCUGGUAUGAACAAUAAUUUAACAAACUCGAAGAUGUAAUAGUUGUAGAUUGAGAUAUUUGGUGUUAGUAAUUAUCUUUGCUGUUUUAAAUGUCGUUUUACGUGCAGUUUGUGAGCUUCUGCUGUGGUGAAACCGGCUGAAAUUGCUAUAAAAAACCUUGAAAGG